AUGCCUAAGAAGAAGGUGCCUGCCCAGUCCGAUACGUCUGUUUCAGCACAAUCCGAACAAUCAAUAGGUUCUCAGUUCGCGAACCAAUCGCCCGCCACAAGCACCAACAGCCGCAGCAGUGGUGGUCUCACUAGAAUGAUGAGUACCAUUUAUGAGAAAUUCUCAUCCGGCUCCAACAGCAACCAAUUAGACAGUUUCGAUGGUGCAGCGAGCCCUGAUCUUCGCACGGCACCUGAGGUUAGAAAGACUGAUCUUCGUACGGCACCUGAAGUUAAAACGAAGCAUCCCGCCCGAAAAGAUCCUCUGCCUAAAAAACGGCGCGUUUAUCCCCUUGGAAGCAAGCAUGGUGGAGUCAGCAAGCCUUCGCCAACCCCUGUGAUGUCCAAUGUGAUCGCAGCAACCGAGGAAGCCAUAAUAGGAAUUUUGGACAGAACGGAGUUGGAGGGAACUCGGUAUAGUUAUGUGGCGAACAAAUGGACUGCUCCUGCCCUGUAUCCUGAAUCCGUGGAUUUCCCAAACUUUAUAGAAACUAAGGUUCAGGUCUUUCCGGCAGACACAUAUGACGCAGCUCUCGACAUGGACUGUUCUGGCAGCAACACCGACCAAAUGCCUGUAUGUGUUCUUAACUUUGCCAAUGCCAACGUUCCUGGUGGGGGCUGGCGUCACGGUGCCAAGGCCCAGGAGGAACAGCUUUGUUAUCGAAGCACACUCAUCGGGGCUCUCCAACCAGAUCUCUACCCUAUGGGAGAUUUGGAGUGCCUCUAUUCACCCAAUGUGAUCAUUUUUCGAGAGAGUGUAGACAGAGGGUAUAAGUUCAUGUCAUCAGCCGACGACCUACACCGGAACCCCAAUGUUAGUGUUAUCAGCAUGGCAGCGCGAAGCAGGCCCAAGUUGACCGCCGACAAAUCCACCUACAAUGACCCGGGGCAAUCUUAUCUCAUGAAAGACAAGAUGCGAUUGAUUCUACGCACGGCAGCAGGCAACAAUCACCGGCGCUUGGUCCUUGGUGCCCUUGGCUGUGGGGCCUUUUCCCAUCCCUCCCAGGUGGUGGCCGAUUGCUGGAAAGAGGUUCUCAUGGAAGUCGAGUUCCGGGGUUGGUUUGAACAAGUUUAUUUUGCAAUCAGAGAUGGGCCCACAGAGAAAAAUGUGGAAAAAUUCGAGAAGACAUUGCAUGGUUUGAACAUAGGAUGA